AUGAUCAAGGCACACAGGCCUGCGGUCCGACCCAGGCUUCACAGCGGUCCCGGCAAUGCCAUGUUCGACGACGUGCACGAGCUCUUCAACGACGACGAUGCGGCGCAGUUAGAUCAGCUGCCGCCUCCAUUUGCGGCAGCUGGGACGGCAGCCAUUGCUACGGCUGCGGUGACAUUAGCCAUGGCCAACACAAAUGCGUCCAACACCGCACCUUCCGAGCACAACGUUCCCGCUUACCAGCCGCCUCUGCGUCAAAGGAUCUCUGGCUUUCACAGUAGACAUACAGAGCUUACAGCGAAACUCCAAGCGCUGGGCGACAUCCCUGCGAUGCUCGAAACCAAUCAGCACGACAUCUUCUCCGUCACCGGCAAGGUCAAGACUCAAGAGGCGCGCCUCAAAACGUUGCAGGCCGUCUCACAAGAGACGAGGGAUACUCAUGCCAAGAUGAGCAGCUCUUUUGCCAAGCGUAUGAUGAACAAGAGAGGCAACCGAUCUCGCCUCCUCUUCCAAGCUGGGACGGACGCCGAGAAAGCAGCCCAGCAGCAAGCGGAUCACGAGGCUGAGCUCGAACGCAAUCGGUCGAUACUGGCAUUAAAGGAACAGCGCAAGUCUCAGCUGCAGCGAGACCUGGUCGAAUACUCGGCAGUGUCCAACGAGCUGGACAAGAUCGACCAUGCACUCUUUGACGGCUCCACCCCUGAAUUCGUGCAGGACGAUCUGGCAGAGUGGGAGGUCAAAGUGUGGACGCAGGUGCAAGUCUUCAUGGCCGCCGAGACACUUCGAGAGAAGCGGGCUCGGCAGAUGCUCAAGGAUGCGUCACCCAUCUUGGUCUCCAUCAUCAAGGACAUCCAGACCGCUCUUCAGUUCUGCAUCGACAGCGGCGUAGCGAGGAAUCAGAAGUACACCAAGAAUCUCAUCUCCAACACCACAGCCAAGUCUACCGUCAGCGGUACCCAGCCGUUGGUGCUCAAGGCCAAGACAAGCUCAGGCAAGUUCUUCACCACCAUUGCCAAAGCACGAGGCAGCCAGCUGCUGGUUGAGCGCCCACCCGAGUUCCGACUCAUCGAGCUCUACCUCAUGCCGGGCAGCAAGAAUCCGAAAGCAGUCGAUGAACGUGGACUUCACAAGUCGCUCGAGACCUCGUAUGCGCAGGCCAAGGCGCUGGAUGCUUACCUCAAGCGCGAGAUUGCAGCCAGUCUGGAGCGUCAACGCAAGUUGGCCGUCGAAACAGCCAAGCUGCAGGAAACCGUCAAGGAUGCGAGACGCCAUCUUCGCGAAAUCCGUCGAAGUAUCAUGGUCGCCGUCGUGCAAGAGGAUGGAAGCCAAUACAUACGCAAAGAGGCGCCGACGUCGACUGCAGAUCAUGACAGCUCGCCCUCCGGCGCAGCACAGCGCGACUAUGCACUGCCCUUGCAAGACGCCGCCAACCCAAUGAUCUCCACGCACUUUCAAGAGAACCUGCGAAAGGAAUCUCACGCCCGUCUUCGUCAGCUCGUAGCUUUGCCAGAACCCGAGUCGGACGACGACAAUCUAUACCCGGUCAUUGCUUGA